GACUCAUUUCAGUCAUCAUCUAAAUGCUCCCUGAUAGCACAGCGGUGUUUGGGGAAACUUUAGCUCGGGCUGCUGCGCUAGAAUCACAAAUAUGAAAAUGUGUCGGAUACGCGAGGGGCUGAUUAGAUGCUGGUUAGUGUAAUCAGACUAAUCUUUUUUUUAGCGUUAAAGUGGACUGGAGGAAGACAAAGGGACCCGUUUUACAUCCCGUUGUGUUUCUGUUCACAUUUAUUUCAAUUGUUUCUUCUAUUUAAUCAGCGCUAUUGGAUAGAAACCCCGCGGGUCGCCGGACGGUUGCAGAACCUUAAUCAUCCCCAACCGUGUAGGAGACUUUCCUUAGUGUGUUAAAGUUAAAUGAUCACUGAAGAUGUGGAUAAUUGUAACGUUUAUCUUAGCAGUGGUGCAUGUGGAGGUGGGCCUUGGGUGUCAGCUGGCCGGGGACUGGAGACCCCAGACCGAGGCGUGCCGCGCUGAACUCGCGGAGAUCAUCGUGUUCGCCAAGGUGCUCGCGCUGCACCAGGAGUCGUACAGCGUGUACAACUCUCUUCCCUGGAGGCACGACCCGGAUCUGUUUUACACCGCCGAGGUGGAGCUGCUCUGCGACCAGGCCUGGGGUAGCAUGCUGGAGAUCCCCGCCGGGUCCCGGCUCAACGUCACCGGGCUGGGCUACUUCCAAUGCUUCACCUACAGCGUCACAGAGAACAACUCCUAUUAUUUCUUCCUAAGGAUGGAUGAGAACUACAGCAUCCUUCCCCAUGGGGUCAACUUCCAGGACCCCAUCUUCCCCGACACGGCCGAGAGCCACCACAUGUUCUCCAGCCUCUUCCAGUUCUCCAACUGCACGGCCGGGACGCAGGUCCACACCUACAGCCCCGAGUGGGAGGCUCAGGAGGACAGCAGGCUGCUCUGCUCGGCAGUGCAGAAGGCCCUGUUUGAGGAAGAGGAGGAGGUGAGGACCCUCUCGGUGAAGGUGAGGACCCUGGAGAAGGCCAACGGACACCUGAGGGAGAAGGUGAAGACCCUGAAGCGACUGCUGCGGCAGGCCAGGCAAGAGACCACCGUCAAGGAACAGCAGACCCACAGCCUCAAGCAGCUCUACCAGGCACACCCUCAGGCCCACCCAGACCAGGACACCCGCCAGGACCAGGGGACCCCCCGGCUCAAGAAGGGCCUCACCAAGACCUUAAGGGACUAAAGUACCACACUCACUCUGUGUUAUCGCUGUUUUUUAACAACCCCGGCUGUGUCUUUCAAAGAGCAUCUUAGACACCUAGGAGGGACAUUUAGGACUGUUUGUUAUGUAAUGUCCGUGCAUUCAGUAAGAUGAAUAAGGUCCUGCCAUUGGUUUGGACUGUGUGAGCCUCUGAUAUGGGGAGUGAAUCACUUUGUUGGUCCUCCAGUGCACUACUUUUAUAUUCUUAUACUUUUGUUGCUGAUGCUUACAUUCAUAUCAUUUCAUAGUAGGAUUAACUGAAGCAACAUUUGAUCUUAUGUCAUUAUACACGUUAUAAACAAACAAAAAUACUUAAACAUUUCUCGAAGGAUUGAGCCAUGGUGGGAUUUCAAAGAAGGAGCUCUAGGCUGAUGGAUUCGUUGAAGGAUUUGGAUGUCCUUAUUGGAAUAUCAUUUUUUUAUUUUUUCUGUGCUGGACACAUGUAUGUUAUGUUGUGCUAGCAUUUAUACGAAAUUACUAUAUGUUUGAUUUGCAGGAUCAAAAUCCACACUUCUUUUUCUGAAAAUGUGAUGCAUUGUGGUACUGGCGGGCGUUGUGUGUAGCAGAAGGGUCCAUCCAGGGUUUUAUUAAGGUCGUUAUCUGGAUGUGCCACUCUGCAUCACGAGAAACCAUACAUGGGUGAGGUGAGGUGUAUCAGGGACCAGGUUCAAUCACAACAGAGUCCUUUUAUGGUCCAGUAAUGUUCUCAUGCUCCCUAUAGUUUAACCAUAAUUAAUUGAACCCAUUACUAUUUAAUUUACAGUGGUUAUGAUUUGUUCAAAGUAUGUGAGGGGACAACGAUGUUCAUCAGCAUACGUUCAUAUGUAAUCCUUUCUGGAGUUACAGUUGACUUCUAUCCACACUGGCCUUGUUGUGCCAGUUACUGUACAUAGUGCAUACAAAAGUCCAGGAAAUUGUUUCACUUGUUGAGGUUACUCAGUGUUCUUUUUUUUAAAAGUUGGAUUGAUUGAAUGAUAUUUUUUUGUCAUUAAAAUAUGGUGCUGAGCACUCAAAUA